GAAAUCAACUAAUUGUAAUAAUUUCUCCACGAUCUUACAAAUAUUACAGCAGGCCUUGUUGCAGUAUACAGAAAGGGAGUCACAUAAUUAUCUGAUAAUUUGUGUUGAUGAAAGAUGGAAGCCACACCUCCAGCAGAAGGCAAGAAGGGAGGUAAAUCAAGGCAGAGCAGUGGUAUAUCUCCAGCUGAUUAUAAAGUGUACUCGCGGAGAGAGAGAAAACCAAAAGUCUGGAAGGAUUUUGAGACAGAAGAAACUUCUGAAAGUCAGGGAUCUAAAAAAGGACUUGCAAAUAAGUCUGCAGGUGAGGUUAAAGUUAAGGAGGGUGAAAACAAAAUAAUUGAAAAUGAAUCAGGUGAAGAUCUUACCAAAGAACAAAAAACUCCUGUUAAACAUGAUAAAGAGAGACUCACUGAUACAUCUGCCAAAAAGGGUAAAAGAAGGUCACGGAAAGUAAAUAACAAUACCUUAGAUGUAACAAAUAUAAAAAUAGAAAAAGAAACAGAUAGCCAAAGUGCUGUCAAGGCUAAAAAAGCUCAAACUCAUCCUGCAGUUGACGGUAGAAGUAAAAGACGAAAAAUUGCUCAAGUAUCACAUUCUAUUAAAGACAGUGUAAACGAUUUGGAUGAAAGACUUAUUGCCUCUAAAGAAGAAAUAGAGGCACUUCGAAAUGCUGUGGAAAGCAAACGAACUUCAAAGUAUAUAGAAAAAUGUGAUAGAGUAAUAGAAAAGGGUGUUACUGGGAAGACAGUUGCAGGUGGAAAUUCACUGAAUGAGAUUUCUGUAAAGACUGAACAAGAUGUUACUGAUACUCAAAAUGGAAAUGAUUCAAAAAACAAUGCAUCUUUAGGUGAAACUAACAAAACUCCUGCUAAAAAGAAAACUCCAGGUAGAAGAAAAGGAAAGUUGAAAAAAUCCAUAAUUGAAGAAAAUACUAGCAUACAUGAACCUAAUGAUCAGGAUGUAAAUAACUCAGUUGAACAGGAACAUCCUGUUGAGAAUGUAAAACUUGAUCCAAAUGAUGAAAGUUUUGAUUUACUCAAUACACCUGUUAGUGCACCAGUUCGAAGAAAGGGAAGAAGAAAGGCACUUGAAGAACCCGAAACUUCUCAGGCAAACACUCCUGAAAGUGCUAUAAAUCCUAACUUGAGUAUUAAAAGAAGAAGAAGAAAAAAGAAAUCAAUAGGUGAAGAGGCUGAUGACACUAAUGUGGAUUUAAAUGUUUCUCAAGGAUCUAGAAGGAAAGGUCGUAAAAGGAAAGAGGUAAAUUAUGCUGCAUUAGAUGAUGGCGAUCUCAAUGGAGAAGACGUAAAAGUAGACAAUGUGGAAAGGAGACUCAUGAUAAAGAAAGAAAGAAACAGUGAGCAGAUGGAAGAAGACUUCAAAGAUAAUGAUGGUGAUAGUCAAGAAAUUUACACAGCAUCUUCAAGGAAAACUCCAUCAAAAAAAGGAAAGAGUUACAAAUGCAGCCACUGUGAUUGUGAAGUAAAUGGUAUACCAGAUAUACAGAAACAUUAUGCUAUACAUCAUCAACUUUGGUGGACAGAGGAAAAUCCAGAAGGCAGCUUUGACAGAUCUGAUUGGGCAAAAGUUUUUAAAUUGAAGAAAUAUCUUAACUGUACCAAGUGUGAUAAACAGAUCAACUUUGUGACAUAUUAUCCAAACCAUUACGAAUGGUGUGGCAGAGAGCAUCUUACAUAUACAUGUGAGCACUGUAAAAGAGAUAAUCUGGUGUUACGCUGGCAACAGUUACACUUGAAGACCUGUCCAGCACUGGUAGCUCAGUUUUACAAAGAGAAAAAGAAGAAAGAAAAUGAACUAAAAGUGGAAGAAGAAGGAGAAAACUUGGAGACUCCAGGCAGAGGAAGACGGAGAAAAGCAGCAAAAAAGGCAAUGUCAAUGGUACAGAAUAUUUCAAAAGAAAUGGAUCCAUCUGCCUAUAGUGACUUCUCUGAUGAUGAUCCAGAUGUUGUUAUAGCUGAGGAUGAUGAUGAAGAAGAUGAUGAUGAUGAAGAUGAUGAUGAUAUAAAUGAAGAAGAGGAGUUUGAAACACCAGAGGAAGAUGAUGAAGAGGACAUUGAUGAUGAAAGCGGGUCAUCAUCCUGGCAAAGGGCUAUUAGCUUCAAUCCUUAUCCAUUAAUGGAGGAGUUUGUCAGAGGUAAAUGGUCACAGGAAUUGUUUUUGGAUUGGUUACCUAGGAAACAGGACUGGAAACAACUGUCACAGCAAGAAAGUGAACCAUACCUCCCGAGAAGGGAUACCAGUAUUAGAUUUUGUUUUCAUAAGAACGAGAGUCCAGCUACAUUAGAAAUGUUACAGUCUACAACAGCAGAUGGCAACCCUUUAUUUUACACUGGUUUGACUGUGUGGAAGAUGGCCUGGUGUCCAGUGACUUUCCACUGCUCAGAUGACCAGUUUUUGGCUGUCACUGGGAAAACUGACCGUUCUCAGGCUUUUCUGACAAAUGAACAGCGGGCAGGUCAUGGACUUAUACAAAUCUGGAAUACAGGAAUAACCUCAAACAAGCUGGAAACAAAAGCUGUACCAAAGUUAUGUUACAAUAUGGUGCAUGACUAUGGACUUGUGACUCAAAUGGUGUGGUGUCCAUCAGGGUGUUACAAAACUAAUGAUAAUCAGGCAGACACUGUUUCACAUACAAGACUAGGUUUGCUUGCAGUGGCAUUUACAGAUGGUACUUGUAGGAUAUUUAGUGUUCCACUUUUACCAGUAACAACAGAUGGUGCAGCACCAACAUACAGAGCCAAGCCUGUCAUAACACUGAUACCGAACAGUAGAUACCAGCAAGAUAACUCCACAUGCUCCUCUGUAGACUGGAUCAAAUCUCAAGGUCAUUCAAAGGUCAUUACAGGAUACUCUACAGGUGCUGUGAGACUGUUCAAUCUGUUAUCAAAAUCUCCAUUCCAACGUCUAACAACAGAAAAUGAAGUGACGCUUCUACCAUACAUGAAUAUCCAGCCACAUGGAAAUCUUGUCCGAGCAGCUCAGUUCUGUUCUACACUGGAUACUGUUAUUUUGACCUCAUCGGAUGAUUUUGAAACAACUUUCUGGGAUUUAAACAACCUUGGUUCUCCACUGCAUUGUGAUGGUGGAUCAUACAUGACCACCAGUAUGAGCUCCUCCCUCUGGCAGCAUGGGAUGUUUAUUGCCUCUGAUGAAAAUUAUACUGUUUUAUCAAACAAGGGAAGAUAUAUUGAAAGUGGUCAUCUACAGUAUGUUGGACAACCAUUGUAUAGAAAAAAUGAGAGAGGAGCAUACUAUUUAUCAUCUCAGCCUGCAUGUAUAUGGGACAUACAGUGCUCUGAUUGGGUCGGCUUUGUUGUAACAUGUGAUAACAGAGGUUGUAUAUUUGGUUUACCUUUGAGGGACUUUCUGAAGAUGUCACCAGACUGUAAAUCAUACAAAUAUAGACAGAUAUUGCUUAGAACAAAAUUAAGAGAAGAUACAGGUGCAGAGAAAAAGGAAACAGAUGAAAGUUUAUGUAAUUUAAACCAGUCAGAACAGUGCAAAAAGUGUAAUUGUGUCCAAUCAGCUAACAGCUUACAUAAUGAUAAUUUUAAGGAAGACCAAUCAGAAACAAGUUUGCAAUGUUCAUGUAAAACAAGUGACCAAACAUCAUUUGUGACAGAUCUGUCAAGUGAAAACCAAACUAAUGAUAGACCUGAGAUAAAAGUAUCUGGGGUUGAGGAUACAUCACCUGAUACGAAGAAAGGAGGCGGUAAACAGAGGCAGAGUUACCAGACAUUAGUCAAUAAUUCAGUUCUACACUUCAAAGAACAUGUUAAGGUUCCCAAAUUUUGCCCUCAUGACAAAGAUUCGGAUAGAUAUGACAGGCCUUCAGUUGCUGCAAUAAAAUCAUUAAGUUUCAACCCCAACCAUCUACAGUGCUGCUGGCUAGCAUAUGGAGGUAACACUGGGCUUGUGAGACUGGUAAAUGUGCAGAAAAUACUGGCAAGAGUCACACAGAAUCAUCUUAAAGACAAGAAACAAUACUGAGGACCAAUUACAUGCAUAUUUGAUAGUGAUAGUAUUUAAAUAAUAAAAUAUGUGAGAUCAGCAAGCAGUGAAGUUUGAAACGGCCAUAAUUAUUUUUCGUAAUUUAUUCUGUGAUGUAAAAAAUCCGGGUACUAGUCAUGUUUAAGUAUGGGGUACACCUACACUUAGGUGUUACAUUUCAUGUAACUGCUGUUGUAAAUGCUGCCUGUGAAGCAUGUGAUUAUUCAGGUCUUACUGUCUCUGUUGAGAUUAGUGGACCUCUAUGUUGAGGUCAAAUGGUGUUGUUCAGGUCAGUUAAUGUGGGGAACCAAAACUUACAUUUCUUUUGUAUGUUUUAAAUGGUUUUUAUCAAACUUAAUCGAUUUGAAACGCACAACCAGUGAAAAUAUGAUUUUGGAAUUACAAAAUAUUUUAUAUUAAAAAAUUUAAUAAAUAUUCAAUUAUCUGGUAUAUUUGUUUCCAAAGAAGAGAGGUUAUUGCUGAUCCAUCUGCCGUACUAUCUGUUAGUAGACCAUUUGGUUUCUGAUCAAUAAAUAGUGAACGUUUGGUCCCACCUUGGUCAAACUCCAAAGGAUGAUUGCCUGUGCUUAUUUUAUCUUGGAGGGAGGGUGUUUGGAGGCAGGUAGGUCAGUUGUGAAGGUCACAGUAAAUGGGACCAGGAACGGUUUCUGCUCAAUAACUAAAAGACGCUUUAGCCUAGUUAUCAAACUGCAUAAGAUGGUUGCCUGUGGUCAAAGUCACAUUUUGUUAAGAAAGAAAAUGUUUUCUUUUCAAUAGCUAAAGAAGGGUUUGGCCUGCAAUUGUCAAAGUUCUUAGGAUGAUUGUUUAUGGUCAGUAGAUGUCCCCUAAUGUUUAAGUAGUCAGUAGGUGAAAGGUCAAAGCUGAAAACAGUUUACGCUCAUUACCUAAAGAACGUUUUGCCAUACAGUUAUCAAACUGCAUACGAUGAUGUCAGUAGAUGACCUCUAAUGUUUUUGGGGUUAGUAGGUCAAAGGGCAAGAUUAUAGUGAUCUAGGGACUGAGAAUGGGACAGACUUUCAUAGAGGGCAUACGUGCUUUACAAACAGCUCUUGCUCUUGUUAUUGAAAAUGAAACUACAUGUAUGUGUGAGAUGCACAGGAAAUGAAAUUUAAAUCACACAUUCAUGGUUGUAAAUUUUAUCAUUAUUGUAAAAAAUGCGAUGUUUAACUGCAUAGUGAACUCUUUGCAUGUCAGACAGACCAGUGAAUUGUUGAAUCUUAAGAUAUCAAUUUAGUAAGAUUUUUUAAACUACAAUGUAAACUUUGAAUGGGAAUACUCGUAUAAAAUUAAAUACCAGGUAUCUGUU